UUUAAUUAGGAGUCAUUUGCUUUUAUUUGAUAUUAGAAGGAGUUCAACUGUAUAAUUAAUAUAGUUAGCCAAUAUAAAUUUGGAGGAUUUUCAGUGUGUUUUUGUAAACUUACAACACCAAUUCACCUGAUUCUGAAAGUAUAGAGAAUUUAACAAUGGAGAAAUUAUUUUAUUGUAGCAAACUUGACAUGACAAUCGGAAAGAUUUGUUGUAUAGGAGCAGGUUAUGUUGGGGGACCGACAUGUGCAAUCAUUGCACACAAUUGUCCAAGUAUCCAAGUUACAGUGGUGGAUCUGAGUGAAGAGAGAAUAGCACAGUGGAAUUCAGACAGUUUACCUAUAUUUGAGCCUGGAUUGGAUGAUAUAGUGAAAGGAAGUCGUGGCAAAAACUUAUUCUUCAGUACUGAUGUGAAAAAAGAAAUAGUGGAGGCUGACCUUAUAUUUAUUUGUGUUAAUACACCCACUAAAAAUUAUGGUGUAGGGAAAGGAAGAGCAGCAGAUUUGAAGUAUAUAGAAUCAGCUGCCAGAAUGAUUGCCACUGUCUCAACCAAGUCUAAAAUUGUUGUGGAGAAAAGUACAGUACCAGUCAAAGCUGCUGAGAGUAUCGCAAAUAUAUUGAAGGCCAAUGUUAAACCUGGGGUCAAAUAUCAGGUUUUGUCAAACCCAGAGUUCUUAGCCGAGGGUACAGCUGUCAAGGAUCUAUUACAACCAGACAGAGUUUUGAUUGGAGGAGACCAGACACCUGAAGGUCACGAGGCCAUCCAGGCAUUAUGUUGGGUGUAUGGACAUUGGGUUUCAAAAGAUAGAAUUAUAACUAUGAACACAUGGUCUUCAGAACUGUCUAAACUGGCAGCCAAUGCAUUUUUAGCUCAGAGAAUAUCCUCAAUAAAUGCCAUGUCAGCAAUUUGUGAAUCCACUGGAGCAGAUGUUACAGAAGUAGCACAUGCUGUUGGCAUGGAUACGAGAAUAGGCAAUAAAUUCCUGAAAGCUAGUGUGGGAUUUGGUGGCAGCUGUUUCCAGAAAGAUGUACUGAACCUUGUUUACCUGUGUGAAUGUCUCAACUUACCUGAGGUGGCAGAAUACUGGCAACAGGUAAUUAACAUAAACGACUACCAGAGAAGACGAUUUGCCAAUAAGAUAAUAGAAUGUCUGUUUAAUACAGUGACCAACAAAAAUAUUGCAAUCUUUGGUUUUGCUUUCAAGAAAGACACUGGUGAUACAAGAGAAUCAGCUGCAAUUUAUAUAUGUAAAUAUUUAAUGGAUGAAGGAGCCAAAUUACAUAUCUAUGAUCCAAAAGUAGAGGAAAAACAGUUAAUAACGGAACUAACACAUCCAGCUAUCUCAGACGACCCAAGCAGAGUAAAGGAACUGGUAACCAUCCAUAAAGAUCCAUACAAGGCUGCAGAGAAUACACAUGCUCUGGUGGUCUGUACAGAAUGGGAUGAAUUCAUAAAUUAUGAUUAUGAGAAGAUUUAUGGCAGUAUGUUGAAACCAGCUUUCUUAUUUGAUGGUAGAAUCAUACUUGAUCAUCAGAAAUUAAUGGGAUUAGGUUUUAAUGUGAUAACGAUCGGCAAAAGAUUACAACGACCAAACGUUCACAGACCAUAUGCACCAGCACCAGCACAAUAGUUGUCAAUUUUGGGUUGUUAACUUGUUGUUUUGUAUUUAGAGGGAAUUUAUUUUGACAAUCAUAUUUCCAUUUUGUUAUGACAUAUCAAAAGCAUGAAUAAAUCUGUUACAUUCUGCGUUACCAUGGUAAUAGUUAAUUGAAAAUAAGGAUUUAUAUUAAAGAAUCAAAUACCAUCAGAAAUCUACACAUUCUGUUUAUAAUUAUUUGAGGUAAACCACAGAGAUCUUUCAUGAAUCAAUCAUUUCAUAAAUAAAUGUCUGCAUUCACUCAUAUUAAUGUAGAUAUGAAAAUGAAAUAACAUAGAUGCAGAAUUCAGAUUUAAUAUUUAAGUGAUGAAUUUAAAAUGUUAUUAUUGUUUACAUGUUAAAAUUGGCAGACAGCAUUUAUUUACUCAAUGAAUUUGAUCUGAUUAGGCAUGGAUUAAACUGAUCUGUAAUUGAGGAACAUUCUAAUUAAAGGAAAAGAAAAUAGUCACAGUAAUUAUAUUAACAAACAAAAGUAUUAAUGUUACCACAGAUGUGUUUGUAAUGACUCAUAGAUAACCAUUUCCUAUUAAUUCCUCAAUAGAAUGUCCCUCAGGUAUGUAGUCUUUUAGGCCACGUGUCAUCUAAAGUAAUUUAUCAAGAAAUAGUCUUAUUAUAUUAAAAUUAUUUUGCAUUUUCACAUUUAUAAAACAUUACAGAAUUUGUCUGCUAGCAUUUAGUGUUGUGGGAAAUUGUACUAAUGAGCUGUUAGUGUUGUGGAAGUGUCAAGGUAAAGGGCACUAAUUCUAACAUACUUGAAACAGUGUCUGAAAUGAUAAUCAAUUUAUGUUCCAAGUGUUAAAGGGAGGUAAUUUUUAAUGAAUUGACAAAAGUUACUUCCCUUGAUUGGUGAAUCUCUUUUGUUUUACUGACAUUUUCUGUAUUUGUGUUUUGCAUACUGUGCACAGAAAAAGUCAGAAGGUUGGCUGUGAUAAAAUUUAGAUCAAAAACUUGCUCAUAAUUUUUCAUUAAUAUUUGCAAUGUUCUGCAUUUCAUUUGUUAACUCCAAUUGUUUUUUUUUUUAUUUUUCAAGAAGUAGUAUAAUUUUAUGAUAUGAAUUGUGGGUAUAUGCUCAGAUUUUUUCAAGGAGGAUGCCAUUUUAUUCACCACUGUAAUCAUGAUUAUGUUAGGGUUAUUUUAUUUAAGUUAUUUGAAUUUUAUUUUUCAAAGUAAUGAAACAACUUUUAGCAAGAUUUCAAUCUCUGAAAAAUGAAAUCUAACAAUGUGACAAUGAAGUAUAGUUUCCCAAAUUUUUAAUUGUUAUUUCAGCGUGUUCUUUCAUUCUUUUUUUAGUUAUUACUGUGUUGAUGCAUUUUUUUACUAAAAUAUAGGUUUGAUCCCGACACUGUUGAUAUAGUGACAAAAUUUUAGGUCAAUCUAAUAUUAGUAUCUUUCUCCAGUUUACUUCCCUUUUAUCACACUGCAAAAACAAAUACACAGAUAUAAUGAAAAGUAUGAAUUAAGUGUAGCAAUAGAGAAGGAUUUUCUUUCCAAAAUUACCCCCGUCAUAGUAAGCCACUACUCUACUUAGAUAAAUGAGUUAUCCAUUAGUGCCAAUGGAGAAUGAUUAUAAAUCAACUAGGUCAAUAGUAGCCUUGCUACAUAAACUCUUAAAUUUGACUUCCAAAUUUUUUCGGUUAAAGAUUUUUUUAUUCAUUAUGAAACUGUUAGAAAUUAAUGUGAGGUUUCUGAAAAAAGUGCAACUGAAUUAGAUUCAGUUAUUUAAGAGUCAUACUUUUAUUCUGUUCAUGCGUAAUUCAAAGGUGGCAUUAAUAGAUUUUGCAUUCACACCAAUUAAUACAUAUAUUUAUGUCCAAAUUUAUAGUAGGGAAUUUCCCAAUACUAAAAAACUGUGACAUAUUUACCCCAUUACAAAGGGAGGGCACUUUUUAUAUAACAAUGAUUAAAUCACAUUCAACCUGUUAGAUUAAUAUUGAAUGAUGAUAAAUAUGUUGUUUAGUGAUUAUUGUUUAUGACACUAGUACUGCCAAAUGAUUAUGUUUCUAUGUUGUGUUGUCUUCUAACUAAAUCAUUAUGAGAUCCAGUUAAAUGUCCACAAAGUUAUCACUUAUAAAUAAUUUCCAUUUAGGAAAUUAUAAUGCAAUCCUGGGACCAUUACUUUGACAUUAUUUUAUAUUUGAUAUUUACAUUUAUAUCGCUUAAGCAUAAUAAAGAAUUUCUGACAAUU